AUGCCGUCCCCGUCCCCCAGCCCCGCGCGCUCGCCAGGCGCCCAGCGCCGACGGUCGCAGCCUCCGCCCGCCGCGGGCCAGAGGCAGGCGGAGGAUUCCGCCAGCGCUGCUCGCGCGACGAGCGGCAGCACGGGGAAUGCCGGCUCGCGCAACGUUAAGAGGCCGUCCAGCAGCAGCGGGGCUGUCGGCGGCAGCAAGGAGCGCACGGUGCGGCGGCUGCGGCUGUCGAAGGCGCUGAUCAUGGCGGACAGCACGGCCGUGGCGGAGGCCGCCAGGCGCAUGGCGGCGCGGCGCGUGGACGCGUGCCUGCUCACGGACAGCAACGGGCUGCUGUGCGGCAUCAUGUCCGACCGGGACAUUGCGUUGCGGUGCGUGGGAGAGGGCAGGCGCGUGGACUCCACGCCAUGCCACGUCAUCAUGACACGUCAGCCUCAGUUUGUGCGCAUCAGCUCGUCCGCCAUGGACGCCCUCAACAAGAUGAUGCGAGGUGGCUUCCGGCAUCUGCCAGUGGUGUCUCGUGGUGAGGUGGUGGCGAUGCUGGAUGUCACGCGCUGCCUGCACGACGCCAUAGCGCGCUCGCACCUUCUCACCGACUCCGCCCUGCACGGCCACGCGCUCGCUGCUGCUGCUGCCGCCGCCGCGGCCGCUGCUGAGGAUGGAAAGAGGGAGCCGGGAGUGGCGAGCAGUGCUGGGUUCCUGGGGUCGCUGCGAGAUAAGAUUGCUCGACCCACGCUUGCCAAUCUCAUUGGUGAUGAAACCAGUCCAGUGACAGUGGACCCGAACGCCACAGUGGCUGCAGCAGCCGCCACCAUGCACAGCCGAGGCGUCACCGCCGUUAUCGUCGUGCCCUCGUCGCACACACACUCACAUGCCCACACCGCCAAUACCACAACCGCCUCUGCUGGCAAUGCUGCUGCAACGGGUCCUGCUGCGUCAGGCGCAGCAGCAGCGGCGGUGCGAGCAGGCGCGGGUCACAGCCGCACCGGCAGGCCCAUGGGUAUUCUCACCUCCAAGGACAUUCUGCUGCGAGUGCUUGUCACAGGGCUGGACCCAAACAUCGUGCAGGUCAAGAAGUUCAGUCCCAAGUUCACUCCCAAGUUCACUCCCAAGUUCACUCCCAAGUUCACUCCCAAGUUCACUCCCAAGUUCACUCCCAAGUUCACUCCCAAGUUCUCUCCCAAGUUCCCUCCCAAGUUCUCUCCCAAGUUCUCUCCCAAGUUCUCUCCCAAGUUCUCUCCCAAGUUCUCUCCCAAGUUCUCUCCCAAGUUCUCUCCCAAGUUCUCUCCCAAGUUCACUCCCAAGUUCACUCCCAAGUUCAGUCCCAAGUUCAGUCCCAAGUUCAGUCCCAAGUUCACUCCCAAGUUCACUCCCAAGUUCACUCCCAAGUUCACUCCCAAGUUCACUCCCAAUUUCACUCCCAAGUUCACUCCCAAGUUCUCUCCCAAGUUCUCUCCCAAGUUCUCUCCCAAGUUCUCUCCCAAGUUCUCUCCCAAGUUCUCUCCCAAGUUCUCUCCCAAGUUCACUCCCAAGUUCACUCCCAAGUUCACUCCCAAGUUCACUCCCAAGUUCACUCCCAAGUUCUCUCCCAAGUUCACUCCCAAGUUCACUCCCAAGUUCACUCCCAAGUUCACUCCCAAGUUCACUCCCAAGUUCACUCCCAAGUUCUCUCCCAAGUUCACUCCCAAGUUCUCUCCCAAGUUCUCUCCCAAGUUCUCUCCCAAGUUCUCUCCCAAGUUCUCUCCCAAGUUCUCUCCCAAGUUCUCUCCCAAGUUCUCUCCCAAGUUCUCUACCAAGUUCUCUCUUGCUUCCAACGCUAUGUCUGUCUCGUGCUCUUCCUUUUCGUUCUUCCCAUGCCCUUUCUUUCCCACCAUGCCCUUCCCUUCCCUUCUGUGCUCUUUCCCCCCUUCACACUCCCCUUCCCUCUCCCUCCUUGUUUUGGUCUCUCCCGCCCCUCCACCCUCCGUGCGUGCGUUCAUAUUUUCCUACUCCUCUCACCCCACUCUCUCAGUCCUACUCCUCUCACCCCACUCUCUCAGUCCUACUCCUCUCACACCACUCUCUCAGUCCUACUCCUCUCACACCACUCUCUCAUCCUACUCCUCUCACCCCACUCUCUCAGUCCUACUCCUCUCAACCCACUCUCAGUCAUCGUCCUCUCAUCCCGCUUUCCUCCCCUUUGCUCAAGAACCCCAACCCCUACGAACCCCUUUCCUUAUUGACCCCACUCCCAUUCUCCACCAUUCCCCUCCCUCACCUCCCCCUUCUUCCCUGCUCUCCCUCGUCCUACACUGUGGGUGUGGGGAGGAGGGGGACGAGAGGUGGAAAAGGAAGGGUGUUGAUUCUGAUUUGAUUCGGAAAUCCUUUGGAGCGCUCAUGCAGCGAUUCUGGGACUCCGCCCUGCGCCUAGACCCCUCCACUGGCGAUGAUGCCUCCAGCAGCGUGCGCAGCAUUGACUUCUGGGAUGCAUCUCGUGCUGCCUCCGUCUCCUCCAUGCCCACCUCCCGCCCCGCUCGCCCUCCCUCCCUCCUCGCCACCACACCACCUGCACCUGCAGCAGCCGCAGCAGCAGGAGGGGCAGGAGAUGCAGCAGGAGCAGCAGCAGUGGUGGGAGGAAGAAAGACAGAUGCAGGGCCGGGCAAGGGCACACCACCAGGAGCAACAGCAGCCUCUCAUGCGGACCCCACAGCCCCAACCAGUAGCACCGUCCCCACUGCUGCAUCCAUUCCCUCUGCUCACUCUACUCACUCUACUCGUUCUGCUUCCUCUGCAGCAGUCGUCACACCACCACGCACCGCCCUUGCCUCUCCCCUCCACUCCCUCCCCCCUCCCCAUCCCUCCUCCAUCCCCUCACGGCCCCUCUCUGAUAUCACCGAGGGGAAGGUGGUAUCUGGGACAGGCGGCAUCAUGGGUGUGGGGGGUGGCGCAGGGGGGGAGGGAGGGGUGGGGUACGGUGGAGGGGGGUUGGUGGCGGGAGGGCUGGGCGACAUGCGGUUUGCAUUCAAGAUGGAGGACAGGCGGGGGCGCGUGCAUCGAUUCACUGCAGGGCGGGAGAGUGUGACAGAGCUCAUUUGUGCAGUGGCGUCUCGCUUGGGACCUGACUAUGACCCCAACAACCCGCCUGCUGUCAUGUACGAGGACGAGGAGGGGGACAAGGUGGUACUAUCCACGGACGAGGACCUGCAAGCUGCCGUCACCUUCGCCCUCGCCUCCAACUGCAAGGGCAUCAAGCUGCAUCUGGACUUCUCGGAUCCGCAACCACCACCCCAGCUGCACCAGCAGCACCAACAGCAGCAGCAGUACAAUCCAUAUCCAUAUCCAAACGGCCCUCCAUCCUCAAUGCCCCAGCAGCCAUACACAACGUAUGCCUAUCCUGCCAACGGCGGGCAUGCUACCAUGGAUGUUCACAGCACCCAACCGCCCCACCUCUUCCACUUUCACCAGCAACCGCUGUCGCCGCAGCAGCAGCAGCAACAGCAGUCACAAGUGCAGAGUUCUCUUUAUCUCCAACAGUACAUGCCUCAACUCAUGCACAACCAACAGCAGCAGCAGCAGCAGCAGCAGCAGCAACCACUGCUGCAGCAGGCAGGGUCUCUCUCAUUAUCCCACGGCCCUCCUGCAACCGCAUCAGGAAGCGGUCUCCCUCCCAACCCUUACUCGCCCACCUUUCUCCGCCCCACUCUAAUCCCCACCCGCCCCCCACUCCCCGCACCAACGACAGCUACGGCCAUAGCAGCAGCAGCAGCUGCUGCUGCUGCUGCUUCUGCUGCAGGAGGAGGAGGAGCAUCAGAAGAGUUUUCUCUGUCUCCUGUUGCCACUGUGCCAAUCCGUGUGCCCUAUGCUGCCAUACAGGCAGCCAUGGCGGCUCCUGCUGCAGCUGCUGCCGGUUCCCACUCCAGCCCUGUCAGAGUUGCAGCGUCCACACCAUCUCACCCUACUGCUGCAGCACCACCAGCACCAGCAGCACGAGCAGCAGUAGAAGCACCGGCAGCACCGGUUUCAGAUGCUGAUGGGUCUCUGUCACGUGUGUUGGUCAAUGCCUCUCCUGCCGCCGCCACUAGGUCUUCCCCUGCAAGUGCUACUGCGUCUGCUGCAGUGGCAGGAGCAGCAGCAGCGGCCGCCUCCAUUCGGGCUGCUGCAGGGUCAGCUGUGGCGUACAAACGCCAUGGGCUGCCUGUGAGAGGCGACUUCCCUGCUACUGCUUCAACAGACUCUCCUGUCAAGCCAUGGCAAUCCAGGAAGGCCAAUGCCGAAUCUCCUCCUGCUGCUUCAAAUGUUUCUACUGGUUCUGCUGCUGCUGAGCCUGCGACUUCAUCCCAAUCUGUGCCGAGUGUGUCUCGGCCGUAUUUCUCGUCCGCACAUUGGAGUUCAGGCACAGCAUGGGCAUACGCCGGGGGGGCUGCCACUGUGGUUGCGGUGGCAACUGUUGCUGUGGCAGCUGCCGUGAUUGCACGAGGGGGGCGAGUGUAG